AUGGAUCAAUAUCGUACGUGCAUCAUAUUUGUUGUAGUCCUUCUUGCCAUUUCAAGGACUGUGAAGGGUUCUGGUAAUGGGUGGACAAAUGCUCACGCCACUUUCUAUGGAGGCAGUGAUGCUUCAGGGACAAUGGGUGGGGCUUGUGGUUAUGGAAAUCUUUAUAGCCAGGGGUAUGGAACAAACACAGCUGCACUGAGUACUGCUUUGUUCAAUAAUGGAUUGAGUUGUGGAGGUUGCUAUGAGAUUAAAUGUGUGAAUGACAAACAAUGGUGCUUACCAGGAUCCAUAGUAGUAACUGCAACUAAUUUCUGCCCACCGAAUAGCGCUCUUCCUAAUAACGCUGGAGGCUGGUGUAAUCCUCCAUUGCGCCAUUUCGAUCUAUCUCAGCCUAUUUUCCAACACAUUGCUCAAUCCAAAGCCGGAAUUAUCCCUGUGCAAUACAGAAGGGUUGGUUGUAGCAAGAAGGAUGGAAUCAGAUUUACAAUCAAUGGGCACUCCUACUUUAAUCUUGUGCUCAUAACCAAUGUGGGUGGAGCUGGUGAUGUGGUGAGUGUGUCGAUUAAGGGCUCGAAAAGCAGCAACGGUUGGAUGGCCAUGUCCCGGAACUGGGGUCAGAACUGGCAAAGCAACUCGUAUCUUAAUGGCCAAGCCCUUUCAUUCAAGGUCACAACCAGUGAUGGACGCUCUCUCAUCUCCAACAAUGUGGCUCCUCCCAACUGGUCUUUUGGCCAAACCUACACUGGAGGCCAGUUCUAA